CACUCAACUCAGCGCCAGUGAUAUGGUAGCAGGGAGAGAGGAAGGUAGUUACUGUGUUAGUGAAUAGUGAAGUUUCGGUUUGUUUUCAUACUUUGUGGUAAAGUUGUCUUUUUUGACUCUUUAUAAUGAAGUGUUACUAAAAUAAAAGUGAUUCAUGGUGUGUUAGUCAGUGACCCAAGGAUUUUUAUCUAACUGUGGAUUAUUUAACUUGGACUUUGAAUAUAAGGACCAUGAUCCAUAGCUGGUGAUGUUGGGCCCAGGAUCCGCGGUGCCCCUCCCCAUGGAGGGCUUGGCACCCCAAAGCCGGACCCUGGCGCCGCCCCUCGUUUCACGCCUCUUAUCCCUUCUCUCCGUUGCACUAUUGCUGCUGCUCCCGGCUCAGGCUGGUGCAGACACAGCCACGUUCCUCACCGAGUUGGAACCCAAGAUCAUCACUAAGCCAGGUGACCUCAAGUCCCUGAUCUUCCCGGGCAACAGCACCGAAACCGACUACUUCCGUUUGUUGCAGCGAGACGGAAACUCCAUGCUCAUUGGGGCCAGGAAUAUCGUCUACAACAUCAGCAUCAGUAAUUUACAAGAAAACUUUAGUCAGAGAAUAGUUUGGUUUUCGAGGUCCCAGGAUAGUGAAACUUGUUUCAACAAGGGCAAGUCUGUGGACGAUUGUCAAAACUAUAUAAGGGUUUUGGCGAAGGAGGGAGAAGGCCGUUUCUUAGUGUGUGGCACCAACGCUUACAAACCUCUUUGCAGACGCUAUGCUCAGCAGAAUGACGGGAGUUUUAACUUCACCGUACUCAGCGGUGCAGGGAUGUGCCCAUAUGAUCCUAGACACAACUCCACCUUCGUUUAUAUUGACAACGAGUUGUACUCAGGCACUGUAGCAGACUUCCAGGGCACCAUUCCUCUGAUAUUUAGGCAUCCCCUCAAACAGGAGCAUAAUGAACACGCCUUGAAGACAGAUCCUAACGAUUAUAAGCAAUUGAAUGCUCCAGACUUUGUACAUUCCUUUGACUAUGGAGAAUUUGUCUUCUUCUUCUUCCGUGAGACGGCUGUGGAAUAUAUGAACUGUGGUAAACGAGUGUACUCGAGAGUAGCUCGUGUAUGUAAAGCUGACAAAGGCGGGAGCCAGUUAAGGUUCAAAAGUUCAUGGACUUCAUUCCUUAAAAGUAGGCUGAAUUGCUCAGUACCUGGCGAAUAUCCGUUUUACUUUGAUGAAAUACAAUCCACUACUGACAUUAUUCCUGGGAUGUAUGGAGGACAAAAGCAUGAACUGAUGUACGCAGUCUUCACCACACCUCCAAAUUCCAUACCUGGUUCAGCCGUAUGUGCGUUUUCAAUGAGAGCAGUUCUUGAUACUUUUGAGGGUGCAUAUAAGGAGCAAGAAAAUUUGAAUUCCAAUUGGCUUCCAGUUCAUCAAAAUAAGGUACCAGAUCCUCGUCCAGGUAGCUGUGUAGAAGAUAGUCAGACGUUGCCCGAGUUCAACAUAAACUUUGCAAAUACUCACCCACUCAUGGAUGAAGCUGUUCCAGCAUUCUUUGGUCGUCCUCUUUUAGUGAAAGCAUCCUUUAAGUAUCGAUUCACAAAGAUUGCUGUGGACCCCCAAGUCGUCUUACGUGAUGGGAAGACAGUUGAUGUUCUGUUUGUUGCUACAGACAGUGGAAUAAUCUUCAAGGCAAUUAAUGCUCAGGCUUCAGAAGGAAUAGAUAAAAUUGAACCUGUUAUCAUUGAAGAGAUUCAGGUAUUUGAAAAACCUGUAGCAAUUGUGAACAUGCAGAUAGCUCAGCAAACUGGUGGAGAGAGCAAGCUUAUCAUCAUCACAGAUGAUGAAGUGAAGUCCAUAGAGCUACACCGGUGUUAUAGAGCCACUACAUGCAGUUCUUGUGUAGGACUACAAGAUCCAUAUUGUGCAUGGUUUGAGGGUGAUGGAAAAUGUGGGGGACUCGGUGCACAGUUCAAACCCCCAGUCUUCCAGAAUAUCUCUGGUCAUCACUUUCAGUGCCCAGACAGCGGUGACAAUGAGGUUUACAAUCCAUCUACCCCAGUCCAAACAACUGAGGCCCCAAGCCCACCCGAAGUUGAGACGUGUGCCCCAUGUGUAUGUCCUGAGCCUUCUUCCUCGCGUCCACCCCCUGUUACUGAAGCUAUGCCCACAGAGGGGUCAGUGGAUCAUUCCACUCUUUAUGAUCCACCAUUGGAAGAGGAUUACUCAUCCAUGGAAAAUAACAACAAAAUUCCUCCACUGCCACCAGUUAAAGAUAGCAAUGAUAACAACAACAAUGUCGCUCCUGGCAUACCUCAAGACAGAGAGAUGCCUAAUGAAAUUCUUUUCGGAACUUUAGGAAGAGAGCCCAUCGAUGAAAUUGGCAUCGCAUAUGCUGAAGGUGGCAUUACCGGGCCUGUUGUUGGAGCAUCUCUUGAGGGCCCUCCCAUCUAUUCGGCAGAGACCUUAGCCAUUGCUGUAACCACUGCUUGUGUAGCUGCAUUGGUCAUAGGAUUCAUUUCAGGUUUCCUUUUCUCUCGAAAGUGCCGGGGGGAUGACUAUGCUCACACAUAUUCUGAAACACCAUAUUUAGAUGGAAAGUUAAACAAGAGAGAUAAUUUGGUUCCUGCCGCGGACCCAAACAUGUAUACGGCCAACAACAAACACAUCAAUAAUCUAGUGACGAAUUAUAAUCCUAAAAAUAUUAAUGGUAAAUCAAAUACAAAUACCACAACUGAUAGCAAGCUCCUGAAGCCAGCUAAGUGUGCGUACAUAUGAGUAAGGAAGUCACUUUUGUUGUUGGCCUUUAUAAAUGUAUAAUCUUCAUGUGAUGUCAUGACACUGGGUGUUUUUCCCCAAAAUGGCACAGUAACCCUUACUUCAUAAACAGGCUCCCUUUAAGUUUUGGGUAAGUUUGUGAUGGAGAUGGGAAAAAUUUAAUGACUAUUUUCUUUAUUUCCAUCUUUGAUGGAAGUGAGUAAUUUCCUUUGCUGGUGUAUUAGCUUCAAGGCUGUGCUAAAAAGAAUGCAUAACAAAGGAAAUGCCCAUAAAGUGAGAAGAAACAUGGUUGAAACAGAAGGAAAUGAAAAUACUCCAAACAGGACUUCCUGGACCUGAUCAUUUUUCAUUUUAGCCUAAAGUUUUUAAGCCCGCUUGACAAGGAGAGCCAGACAUUCCAAUCCAUUAUCGAGCAUGAAUGUGUUGGCCCUGAAGUGGAAAGUUUGCGAGGACUGCACAUAUGCAGAGAUAGAUAUCCAGAAGUGUUUUGGUAGACUGGAAUAGUGAGUGAAUUACAUGAUUGUAAGGAAAGUUCUGUGAACCGUAUGACCCAGGUAUAGUAGCCUUAGUAUGUUCAUAUUAUUUGUUCGACCAUUCUGAGAUAUUUUAAUGGAAACAAGUAUUUUACAUUUAAUAAAAGAAUACUAUGUCAGAAGUAUUUUACAUUUAAUAAAUGAAUACAAUGUCAAUAAAACCAUGAAUCUUGUAAAUAAAUUCUGAGUAUGUGUGCUGCAAAAACAUAAUACAUAAAAAAUUGCUACAAUGUUUACACUAUAUCUACAGUAUAUAUGGAAUUAUUAUAUUAUUGGCAGCUGUUUAGACCCUGUUAAAAUGUUAGCAUAUAUUGCAGAUCUGUUGGGUAUGUGGUGUGAAAGCUACACUCCCAUAAAUAAGAGCAAUUUUUUAUAAUCCUAUUUUAAUGUUAAAAGUUGGAAUGUUCAAAAUGUUGCUUUGAAAAUUCCUGUUAAUUAAAUGAUUGGACAUUAAUUAUCAGUUCUGAAAACAAAUGAAGAAUCACAGUAAGGUUUAUAUUGCUUCCUUCCAUGGUAAAGCACAGUAAGAUUAUAUUGCUUCCUUCCAAGGUAAAGAAUAAGUGGAACUUUGAUUAGAUCUAAAUAAAUUUUAAGGCUAGUAUCAGGUCGUAAAUAGGGAUCAAACAAGCAGAAGUGGUAUAGAUUAUGUACCUUAUAUUGUGUUAAUGAGGCUCUUUGUUAGGCUUGAAGCAUUAGUGUGGAAAUUUUUAGUAAAAGUAUAGAAAGGUGCUAACCAUAACUGCAUUUUGGCAGACUUUUUAUACUGCAUGAAACCCACCUUUAAGUAUUCAGUAUUAUUGUUCUUGAAUUGACAAUGGGUAUCUGCUAAUAGUCAGAUUGAUGGCUAAAGAUGUAUGCUGAAGCACAUGAAGUUCUCGAGAAUAUGAAAGCAUCCUGCCGCAUAUGAGAAAUGUUAGCAAACAGCUUAGGUGCCUACAAAAUACCCUGUAGCUACAUAUAUUGUGUGUUGCAUCCAUAGUAACGCCUUAAAACAUGAAUAAGUUAAGAAUCAACUUGUUGCAACACUGUUGUCUGUAUAUGUUGUUUUAAGUGUGUGUACAUUUGCCAUUGUUGUAUAUAGAAUGAGAAAGACUGCAUGCAUGACCGGGUGAAUGCACAGUGCAAGUGUUCAGUGCUGACUGCACUGUGAAUAAAAUGAGCAUUGUUUGAAUGUGAAUGGACAAUAUCUGUUCUUAAUAUAUUAAUAAUGUUGAGCUUCCCAGUGGCACUGGCUGAUGGAGCAAUGAUAAAACUUCAUGAUUGUCCAUUUUUUGUCAGUUUAUGCUAUAUGACCUUUUAAUUCUUGAAAGAAAUAUCAUUAAUUGUAUGUACGGUAUUCAUAAAGACAAGAUUAUUUUUGCUCGUGUUCAAAGAAGCUUCUCAUUUUUUAAAGCUGAUGAUUUGACAGCUUCCUACUGACUAUAGUUUAAGGUUCAUGGUGACUCACAAAAUGUAAUCUCAAUAUGGGGUGCACAUGUGCAUAUUUCUCAGUGUUUUGAUCAUUAUGAUGAAAAAUUAGCUUCUUAUUUAACAAGAGUAACAGUGUGACCCCUACUUUGAGGCUGUAAAUUCCAUUAACCCUUUCUCUAAUUGUACAUGUCAAGGAUGGAUUUUCAGAUACUUAUGGAGCAAAAAUUAUAUCUUUAGCCUGACAAAGUAGUGCCUUGAUAAUGUAAAGAUAAAAUGUCCCAUAUUGGGUGAGCUGAGACUGUUUUAUAAAUAGGGAAAUUUAUUUUCUUCUUGUUAAUUUAACUGAAAGCAAAAGCAGUCCUGUAAAAUUGUGUAAAUUUUUUUUUUAAGAAUUAAUUUUAGGCACUUGAAAGCAAUUGGUUUUGCAAUGUUAUAAUUAUGUACAGAAAAUUAUUGUGUCGUAGCUUAGCUUAUUGGUUUUCCAUCUUACAUUACUUACUUUUAUGAAACCCGUCCCAUGCAUAUUGUUUGGGUCUUAUCACUCUGCAUUUAGUGAAAAUAACCUAAUCAGUGCUCAUUGUCAAAUCUUCAGUCUUAGGCUAGGUUUGUAUAUAUAUAAAUAUAUAUAAAUAAUUUUAGUUCAUUUUGUAUAGAAAAGUCCCCAUCAUUAGUUCUUUUUACCAUGUAAUGUAAAUAUGACCUCAAAGAUGAUCUAUGCAAAUUUUUAAUAAAAAUAAAUGAAU